AUGGCCCCGUCCGUCAUGAUCGAGCCUCCUCAUUCUCCCCCGAAACACAUGAUCGCCAAGUUUGCUCGGGAUGAUGCGCCAAGUCUCCUGAACCCCGACUAUAUCGUGACUCCUUCGACUCCGUCCGUACCCUCACGUUCCUUCAAAAUACCAAGCCGCACCUCUACGCCCACACUCGAGCCUCGGAAGUCGCCUAUGCUCACUGCUUCGCGACCACCAUCGCCGCCUCCGCCUAGGAGGUCCGGGGAGAUGCGAAGGGAGAAGCCACCACCGCCGAUCAGCCGAAACGAGAAGCCCCUAAUUCCAGCACAACGGCGAACAUCAGUUUUCGCAGAUCCGAUACGAUUGCCAGAACCGAGGCGACAGUCGCAAGAGACCUCUCCGUUUAAUAGUCCGCCCAGCAGCCCGGGAAGUCCUGGCGGGGACACACCUCCAUUGCCUUCAUGGCCAAGACCGCAUGUUGCACAGACAGAUGUAUUACGACCCAGAAAGCUGGAUCUAGGAAGCAGCAACGCUCCGAAGCGUAUAGUCUCUACGCCAACUACGGGCGUCAUUCCGCCCCCAACUCGGGUACCUGGACGAUCAAAUACUGUUGUUGACAGGUCCCUUGACAGGAGCGCUCCGCCAGACGUGCGUUCUAUUCGCACAUCUGCUCCUGCACAAGCAUCUUCGGCCCUUCCUUCUACCUCCAAUCCCGCUGCCCAGCCGCCUAUUACAAAAGCAGACGGCGUCAACCAAGGCUCCACGUACCCCGAUCCCUCUAACACGAAUCGGAGAGCCCCCUCGGUCAAGCAAGGUCUGCUCACCCGAGUCUGGAGUCUUCGCGACGGCGAGCUCCUCGUAAAUCUUGCACACGGCGAAGGCGUCAAAGCUACAUCCAUCGCGUUCAAACCUGGCUCCAACGUUGACGAAGAAGGGCAACGGUUGUGGAUAGGAACAAAUAUGGGAGAGAUCCUGGAAGCCGACAUUGCCACACAAACUAUCGUAGCCAAAAAGGCUACGGCCCAUGCACGACAUGAGGUUAUCAAAAUUUAUCGGCAUUACAACGAGCUGUGGACACUGGAUGAGAGCGGCACGCUUGCUAUUUGGGGUCCGGAUGAGGAUCAUACGCCGAAUCUCAAUGGGAACCCCCACCAGACCUAUCGACUUCCUAGGACACACGCGUUCUCCAUGGUUGUAGGUGAUCUUCUAUGGCAUGCAACAGGCAAGGAGAUCCGGAUCUUUGCACCUACUCUCGAGGGCGAGACACAGUUUCAAGUCCUGAUUCGGCCACUCGUGCAAGACAGUGCCGGGGAGGUCACUUCCGGGACGCUGAUGCGGACACAUCCGACAAGAGCUUUCUUCGGGCACGUCGACGGCAAAGUCAGCAUCUAUAACACCAAGGACUUUUCUUGUCUUGCAGUACUGAGCAUCAGCGGGUACAAGAUCAACUCGUUGACGGGUGUCGGUGAUUACAUUUGGGCUGGUUUCAACAACGGCAAGAUUUCCGUUUACGAUAUCAGCCAGACCCCAUGGACGAUCAAAAAGGAGUGGCAGGCACAUGAAAACCCUGUCGUCAAAAUCGUUUCUGACCCUUCCAGUUGCUACAGGAUGGAUCGACUGCAGGUUAUUUCCCUCGGGGCCGACAACGUCAUCCGCGUAUGGGAUGGAUUGCUACAGGAAGAUUGGCAAGAGGACGAGAUGAAGGCGCAGGAAGCUCAGUACUGCGACUUUGAAGACAUCAAAGCUUUGGUCAUGAGUUGGAAUGCUGGUGCACCCACUCCUCAUAGUCUUCGUUACGCGGACCAAGACGCUACCUUUAUCCGCAAUCUGCUUCAGUCGAGCGACUCGCCCGAUAUGUUGAUAUUCGGUUUCCAAGAACUUGUCGAUCUCGAGGACAAGACUGCUACCGCCAAGCGUUUCUUCAAGUCCAAGAAGAAGGAAGGGUCAGACCAGGAGCGGAUGAGCCACCAGUACCGAGACUGGCGCGAUUUCCUGAUGAAGAGCCUUGACGACCACAUGCCUCGGCAUGAUCUGUAUCACUUGCUUCACACAGCCACGCUCGUCGGCCUCUUCACUUGUAUUUUUGUGAAAUCCUCACUUCGAGAUCGGAUCCGCAACUUGAGUGCCUCCGAGGUCAAGCGUGGCAUGGGAGGCCUACAUGGGAACAAGGGCGCCAUUGUCGUUCGCUUCCUUGUUGAUGAUACUUCCAUGUGCUUCAUCAACUGCCAUCUAGCUGCCGGUCAAUCGCAGGCGAACAGCCGGCAUAAUGACAUCGCUGCCAUCCUGGAGACACCGCUUCUGCCAGCUGAACGGGAUCCCAACAAACGCAUCGACAGUUACACAGGCGGCGGCGACGGAACCUUGAUCCUGGACCACGAAUUGUCUUUCGAGGAGCUGCCGAUCAAAUUUGCCCCGACGUACAAGUAUGAUGUCGGCACGGACGAUUACGACACGAGCGAGAAGCGCCGUUCACCUGCUUGGUGCGACCGAUUGCUGUACCGUGGCCGAGGGCGCAUCAAGCAGCUUGACUACGUGCGUCAUGAGGUUCGCGUAUCAGAUCAUCGGCCUGUGACUGGACGUUUCAGAUUCACCGUAAAGCGGAUUGAUCCUAGAGAUCGGGCCGUUGCAUGGAUGGACUGUCAGGUUCGUUUCGAAGACCUCCGGGCGAGGGAGGAGAAUAACGAAAAGUGA